AAAGCAUACACAUGUCCGUCAAGUUGUCCUCUGUGUUGGAUAACGUUUAUUUCUGCCCUACGUCGGUUAUUUAACAAUACUUUAAUUAAAAUAUAGCCUUUAAUUGACAUUUGAACGAUGACAUCCAGAGGAACACCGAGUCGUUUCCUGAAGAGCGUCCUUCAGAACGGGGUGGGUCGGUACGUCUGCCAGCUGAAGCGAGUCUCCAUCAUCUUCUCCAAGAAAGCGCAGAGCUCGUUGGGAGUCAGGGAGUUCAUUGAGGAGGGAGUGGUGGAUUAUGCCAAGAAGAACCCUGCGACCGUCGUCUAUGUGUCUCCUCAGUCGUGCAGGAUACCAAAAAUAGUCGCAGAAUACUUAAACGGCAACGUGAGGGAAGAACUCAUCACAAGCAAAACGUCUCCACAGAUUUCGGAGCUUUUGACCAAGCUGACCAAUCAGUCCGGUCUGGACAUCAUCCGCAUCCGUAAGCCCUUCCACACAGACAACCCCAGCAUCCAGGGCCAGUGGCACCCGUUCACCAACCGGCCCCCGUCCAUUGGCCCCAUCAGACCACAGAAACAGGACGCUGAAUAAGGACCAAGGAGUUUGAAGUUAAAAUUGGACAUUAAUUGCAGAUUAAUUUUGCAAGAUGUCCUUCUUUGAAGCUGUACAAGUCUACGAUCUAAAUGAAAUCGCAGGUCAAGUAUUUUUGCAGCAAUUUUUCCAUCUAUUUGUUGGAUGAUUCUGCAAAAGACCCCAUUAACAUCUGAAUAUCUUCCACCAUGCCUUUUCUUUAUGUUGGUGGCAGCAAAGCCUCUGAAUGUUGAAUAGACUUUACAUAAAUCUACCAGAGGCUUGUCAGCUGGCAUAUUAAAAAAAAACAUUUUUUUAAUGUCAAGGUUAUUUGGAGAUUCAUGGUGGUAUGCACGGAGCAGAUGGAACUUUGUGUGAAAUAAAAAAAGAUAUUA